GACCCAGUCGAUAAGUUCUCAUUCUCGGUCUCACAUUCAACGUCUUCCAUUCGGGACAAAAUUACAAUUUUAUUUGUAACAAAAUUAUUUUCGUCAAAAUUCAAAAAAAAAAAAAAAAUUCACAAAAUAAAUCACCAAAAUUUAAAAACAGAAAAAAACAAAAAAAAUACACAAAAAAAAAAACCUAAAAGUAUUUCAGUAAAAUGGCACAGAAUUUUAUUUAUAUGUUUGAAUUUGUGGUUGAUGAUAUUUUAAUAACACGUAAGAACCGAUGCGCUCCGGAAGAGUAUCCAACGUGCGCAGAACUCUCGUUCCGGUCGAGUGUAUUCUGUUCGGUCUGCGAUCAUGAAUACGGAAGCUGUGUAACACCAAAUCAACCGAAAUGCGGAAAAUGCUGCCUAUUCACACUGGAUUCACCCGUUACGGACAAGGAUCGGCUGCAGGUGCACAUCUAUAAGAAGCGCUCGGAAAGUUGUAAGUUCCUUAUUGGCCUAACCGAUUUGGCAGUGAAGCCAAUGUUCGAUCGUGUCCAUGAGUCAUUCGAUGCGGAGAAUCCCAACUGGGAGAGAGCCCUGUCCGACCAUGUCGCCAAUUUGCCAAAGUUGAAGUCUCCCAAUAAGUCGGCCCUCGACAAUUGCGCUUGCUAUGAACGUAGUCAUGCCCGCCGGGAGCAGUGGUGUCCCACAUCAGAGACGUCGAAGCGUUUGUUGCCACUUUUCAAUCUCUGCAAAAUGCAAACUGGUAAUAUUGUGCUGGUUCUUCGUUUGGUUUGCAAUGGCUCGGCCAUUGUAUCGACGUUCCCCUUCAAUAGGAUUUGCUCACGGAAUCCCAAGUGCCCAGAGCCCUGCCCGCCGCCACCUGGCGAUGCCGAUAAGUGUGCUGCUAAUAAUGCCGGCGGACCUAUGGAUAAGGGCAAGAAAUGUUGCCGCGGCAAGAGCUCACAAAAUGCAACUCCGACAUGUGUGCAGGCCGAUCCGUGUGCCCGGUCCGAGGAUGAAUUGCCCAAAUGUCUGCGUUACUUCUCCUGUAAUCUAGACCAGAUGUGUCCCUGCGAUCACUGUGAGGAUCCAUUUGACAGAGAAUGCCCACCGGGUCCAUCAAAACGUCGUGCUCUCUCGGCGAUUGAGCAACGUCUGCAGCCCUGUGGUCCUUGCAGUGCGGUUCCUCCUCUUACAACUUUAAUGCAGGAAAAGGAAAAGGAGAAAAAGGAAAAGGACAAAAAGGAGAAGGAGAAGGAAAAGAACAACAAGGACAAGAAUAAUAAGGAUAAGGACAAUAAGGAUAAAAAUGAGAAAGACAAGUCUGAUGGCAAAAAGAAGAAGAAACGCCAAUCUGGCGGUGGUUUCUUCUGUGAAGACAACGAUCAGGCCCAAUGGGCUAGUCAUCCAUUAGCUCAGCCACCUCAAAGUAGAUAUCCAUCAAAUCCAUGCAAACAGUGUUGUCCAGAAUACGAAGCUUGUUGUGAUGAGGCGCGGAAACGAGCUAUUAGAAAAUUGCGCCAUUUACUGGUUAAGUACAACAUCCAAAUUGACUAAUUACCCAUAAAUCUAAAUUAAAUUUCGAGGUAUAAACCAAACACAAAGCACACACACAUCACCUUUCAAAGUAUCAAAUAAUCUAAGGAAAAUGGCAAAAAGGAA